UCUUGAAUAUACUGCGCUGUUUGAUUAGUAUUGCAAAAUUUAUGUGAAUAUAAUGGAAAUUCUAAAAAAAAAUACCUUCCACCUUUUCGUCGAAGCUCAAAAAACUAGAAAAAAUGUGUAGAGGAUUCAUUUUAAGAUUUUGCCGUCCAUUUUAAGUCAAUAUUGACAACAAAAUCUAAUAACUAAGAAAUUAAUUUCAAAAGUUCAAGUUCUUUUGGAUUGUUAAAAUUUUUAUACUAUAUGGGAUCAAAAUGUUGUUAACGUGUAUUCAUGUAAUGGAAUAAACCAAUCUUCACAGUCGACAUAACCGUAUAAAAUUUAAUUUAACUUAGUGCGUUCUAAACUAUGUAGUCAUAUGUAAUUCUAAAAAUUUUAACGUCGAAAGUAAUCUAGGCGUAGAAUGACAGUUACGGGUCAGUUUUCAGGAGUUAAAGUAACUUUCCUUUUAUUCUCUACAUUUAACAUUUAGAUGUUAUAACGACACAGUCAUAAAACAAAUGCAUAAUGACCAACUUUACUAUAGAGUAGAUGAGAUUCGACAAAUAUAGAUAUUUAAUAAUAAUAAUUGAAAAUGAUUGCACAUUUUGAUGAUUGACAUCGAAAAUCAUAAUGGAAGAACAACAAGACUUCGUCGUGACCGCAGUGUCAAUAGUGCAGAGAUCUAGUGAUGUGAUACUAUACGGUUUAUUGUUAACAAUCUCAUGUAACAGCCACACGGUAGUAAACGAAUGCACACGCUUUGAAUAUUAUUCGAUUGUUGGAGAUUAUCAUUAUUGUUAUUAUAAACGGCUUUGAGAAAAUAUCGAGUAACAAAAAAACAUAUAUAAUAAUAAAAUAGAAAAUAAUAAAAGCAUAGAAAAAAAUAUUUGCAUAACUGUGACGAAUACGGAGCGCACAUUGCACAAUAAAUAAGAGACGCAAUUGUAUUUGUGGACAAGUUUUUACACAGUUGCUCGGGGCUCUCGUAGUGGUCGUGUCCAUUGAUAGUGAAUAAUAUCUGCAAGCAUCAAAAGUUCCAUUUUGAAUACAAAAUUGUAGCAGAUAGAUUUCUGAUAAAAAUGGCACACGCUGAAGAAGUUGUUGUUUCCUCAAAAGUUGUGACAGAUAGUUCGACUUCUCCACGUCCAUUGUUUGUUGACUUGGAACCGCGAUUCAAGAGACUAGCUUUGGAAAGGAUGGGUAGUUUCACUUCAUCUAUUAAAAUAGAUAAUGAAGAUUCACAAGAUAAAGAUCUAGAUUUUGAACCUAAAACUUCAGUACAACAAUUAUUGGAUUACUGUCAAAAACACAAUAAUCAGUGUCAAACAUCACUUAUCCAUAGGACAUUUUCAACAAUUCCGUAUGACCCUAAAAAUGUAGAGAAUAAUGUUGUAAGAGUUCUUCAGUGGAACGUUCUAUCACAAGCAUUAGGUCAGAAUAAUGAUAAAUUUGAUCUUUGUCCACCUGAAGCUUUAGAAUGGAAACGACGUCGCUGUCACAUGCUUGAAGAAAUUCUGAGACACAACCCUGAUAUUAUUUGUUUACAGGAAGUUGAUCAUUUUGAUUUCCUAAGUAGAGCCCUGGCUACUCAAUCAUACAGUGGUGUAUUUGUACCUAAACCAGAUUCUCCAUGUGUAUACAUUAAAGAUAAUAAUGGGCCAGAUGGAUGUGCCAUAUUUUAUAAAAACAAUAAGUUUGAUCUCUUAGAAAAACAUGAAAAGAUUUUGCAAGUAUGGACAGUUCAUAGUAAUCAGGUAUCAUUGUUAUUAAUAUUAAAAGACAAAUGUUCAGGCAAUGAAUUAUGUGUGUCCACCACUCAUCUUAAAGCUCGAAAAGGAGCUUUAUUGUCAACAUUACGAAAUGAACAAGGUAAAGAUCUUCUAGAAUUUAUAUCUUCACAUACUGGUGAACGACCAACAGUUAUAUGUGGAGAUUUCAAUGCUGAACCUAUUGAGCCAGUUUAUAAUACUAUGUGUAGUUACCCCUCUUUACCAUUGGAUAGCGCUUAUAAAGUAUCUGGCUCAGAACCACCUUAUACCUCAUGGAAAAUAAGAGGAGGAGAAGGCGAGGUUAUGCAUACUAUUGACUACAUAUUUUACACCAAACAAAAAUUAACCGUUAGUGCAAUAUUAAACAUGCCAACUGAAAAAGAUGUUGGUGAAAAUAGAGUACCAUCUUUUUCAUAUCCAUCGGAUCACUUUUCUCUUGUUUCUGAUUUUCACUUUAACAAACAAUCAUACACCAGUUAAAAAUUAAUGAAAUUUUUUAUUUAUUUAUUAUACGUGUUGGAAAAAAACUAUAUUAAUUAAAAACCAAAAAAUACAAAUCUUAAAUUAUUUUACUAUUGUAAAAAAUAACUAUUAAGUAAUUUAUUUUAUUUAUUUUUUAUAUUCUGACUCAAGAAUAGGUAGUAUCCUAAAAACCACCUUAAUUUGCUUUGACAUAUAUUUAUAUACUUUUUUUUAUGUUGGUUGUAACACUUAAAUAAGUUUAAAUAUAUAUAUUUUUAAAUUA